CAUUCACUCCCAUGGACUAGUCUCCAGUGGUAGAGCCUAUGUUUUAACUCCAGGGAAAACAAAGCAAAACCCUGAACAGUAGCCAGUGGAGUCUGGUCUAAAAGGGGAAAUGGGUGCUGUCCCAUCAGCCUCAUUCUGUCCUUAGUCAGCUGCCACCUGCCUUCCUUCCUAUUUACAAACAGUCCAGCUUAUGGACAGUUAGCUUAGCUGUUAGCCUGCUCCUCCUUAUUCUCAGUGCUGCCAUUAUAGAGCUGUGAAGAGAAUAGGAUGAGAUCAAAUCUAGAAUGAGUUAGCUCUGUCUGUCAUUGGCUCAGGCUCCACCUAGUGCUGGUUUCUCAGCCUUCCUCCCUACCAAUCUCAAUGGGCACCAACCACUGCUGACAGCAGCUCUCUACAUUGCAACAUUUUGUUUCAGCCUCCCCUCCCCACUCACAGUACCUUAAUGACUUGUACAUGUUUGUGUAUGUGUGUUUAGGUGCAUGAAUUGAGAAAAAGAAAUUCAACAAAGAGAAAACAGCAGAGAAGACAAAACAUUGACAGGCUGAGUUUCUGAAAGUGCAGCAGAAAAAGAGGGCCCUGUAAUUGGAUUCUGACAUAACUUGCAUUUUCCCUUGGUUGGCCAAUGCAGGACAGGUGUUGCAUACAUGCAUGGGCCUCUUGCCAAGUCUCGUUCCACCCACUGUUGAUGAGUAUAUAACAUUGCUUCAGAUAGUGACUCAAUGAAGCUUCAUGAAAGGAGGAGGGUGUGAAGUAACAGGGGCAGAACUCUGCAACAGAUCUUCUACUGAGAGCUCAGACAAGUAGGUUUCCAUCUCAGGACCUAUCCUGAGCUUGCUUGGCCUCCACUUGCAACCCUCGACCACCUCUCAGAUCAGAUAUCACAUGAUUAGCUUGGUGUUUCCUAGGACAGAGCAACUUCCAGGUGGAAGAUGUGGAUGCAGAAAGCUAGAUUUUCCAUCAUCUGAUUCUAAAAUUCUUGAGUGGCACUGCUCUGCAGUAUGGCUUGUUGGAAAAGGCAAGUGGACAUGUCUAAAGAAGACGAAUUACCAUUCUCCGUGUCUUACUGUCAGACCCAAGGGGAGGAACAUUCAGACUACUGGAAGGAAGAGCUUCAUAAUGGGCAAAUGCUAAUGGUUCUCACAGCUCACGAGUCCUGUUUUUCUACGUUUUUUGAUAUGAAUCUUUGGGUAGAGAGAUUGAAGACCAUGGGAAUUCAGGUGACAGCUGACCAGUGGAAAAAAUUGAUUCAAUGUGCAGUGCUAGAGCCAGAGGUGAGAAAGCACCUUUUCUACAACUCCAGAGCAUUUGCGAUCUCAAUUGCUGUGGUUUUCUACGUGACCCUCUGGAUCAAUCUUUUUUCCACCCUGCAGAUAUAUUCUGUAGCACAACCCUGGGAAAUCAGUAUUUUGGCCACUGCAGUUGCCCUAGUGGCUGCCUUGAUCGUCAGACUCACAAUUCAUCAACAUCAAAGGAAGCUGAAUGUAAGUACAGACAUGAGACUAGCCGCUGCCAACGAAGCUUUCAUGAAAAACAAAUUCCUGGUGGGGUUCACAAAUAUGCCGGAGAAGCAAUGUAGUGUUCCACAGCUCUGGUUUGUUCAUUUUGACGUGGGGCCAUGCCUUCAAUUCUUAGCAGACUCUCUGGCAGAAAUGAAGAGGAAUGAGAAGUCUGCUCUGAAGCACAACCUGAAAGAACUCUGCAUUGUAAUAGAGACUCCCAUCGUUCCAAGUCAGGAAAAAGGCCUGGGAAUUUCUUCAGAAGAUUCUGAACUGCUGCCCGAGAAAAAGGACAGCCACCAAAGUGCCUUGGCAUACCGAGAGUUCCUCCAGCUUGUCCCAGAUGGAGCCCCUGAGGUGAUGGCCCAGCAGCUAUUGGCAAUCUUCAGUGGCUGCUACAUCAGACUUCUGGUCAGUGGUCAGCUCACAGAGGUCGCUGCAAGACGACAUGUAUUACUCAACCACACCCCAUGCCUGUGCCAAUUCGUCGAGACUACAGUGCUGGCAAAGAGAUGCUCUUGGUUCAAGCUGAGGUGACCAGUGGUGGAUAAAGUGGCCCUUUGCAUUAUGCACAGUAUUAACCAGAAUGGAGACCUAGAACUUGCAAACUGGGGAAAACAUUUCACUUGGUUUUCUGAAUUGGCCACAGUGACACACACCUUAGUUACGCACUAUUUGCAUUGCUGUAACAUGCUCUACAUAGGAUUGCCUUUGAAAAGUGCUCAGAAACUUCAGCUGGCUCAAAGAGCUGCCAGAUUGCUGUCCCAGGCUGGUUAUAUGACCUAUAUGGAUUAGGUCCAAGCUAUCUGAAAUACCACAUUCCCUCAUAAGAACCUGCCCAGGUUGCGAGAGCUUCAAGGGAGAUCUUUCUCUUGGUCCCACCAUCCUGACUUGGUGGCGAUGUAGGAGAGGACCUUCUCGGUAGCUGCUGCCAGACUCUGAAACUCCCUCUCCAGAGAAGCCAGGCUGGCUCCCUCCUUGUGGUGUUUCUGCUGACAGGUAAAGUCUUGUUCCAAUAGGCUUUGGGGAGCUGACUGCUUUUAAUGAAAUGACUGGUGCUGUGCUGUUUUUCAUUCUAGCUAUUUUUUAUUGUAAAGGUAAAGGUAAAGGGACCCCUGACCGUUAGGUCCAGUCGCGGACGACUCUGGGGUUGCGUGCUUAUCUUGCUCUAUAGGCCGAGGGAGCCGGCAUUUGUCCGCAGACAGCUUCCAGGUCAUGUGGCCAGCAUGACUAAGCCACUUCUGGUGAACCAGAGCAGUGCAGGGAAACACCGUUUACCUUCCCACCAUAGCGGUACCUAUUUAUCUACUUGCACUGGCGUGCUUUCGAACUGCUAGGUUGGCAGGAGCUGGGACCAAACAAUGGGAGCUCACCCCGUCGCGGGGAUUUGAACUGCCAACCUUCUGAUCGGCAAGCCCUAGGCUCUGUGGUUUAGACCAUAUAGUUUUAAUUAUAUUUUAUUUUAUAAAAUGUAAUUUUAAUGAUUAGUUUUUCUGUGAUUUUAGCUGUGUUUUUUUUUAUCAGUAAGCCUCCUUGAGUACCUGCCAGGCAAAGAGGUGGGGUACAAAUAUAAAAGUAGCCACCACCAUUGUUCUCCAUAUGCAACAAGUGUCCAGCAGUAAUUUUCUGGAUGCAUUUUUGUCAUCUCCAUUAAGGAGCUACUGUGAAAUGAAAUGAGAUCAGUGGCCUGCCUAGCACAGUACUGGCAAAAUUUCUCCAACCUCCUGUGCAGACAUCCAACAAGCCAUGUCAAUAAGAGAUGAUCACAAAUCGCUUGUGUGAUUUUGCAAUAUUUUGCUUUCCAUGGCUCCUGUUGGGUAACAAUAGUG